UUAUGUGUAGUUCCACAAAAAGUCAAUAGAUCGCAGUAUUGGUACUCAAAUUUGCCAGACGAUUGCCGGAACUGAAAAAAAGCUCCCCUUUCCGGGAAUGGCAGGAAUGGCUAUGUUUGCCUCAAAUCUCUCCAGCGAGGUUGGGUUAAAAUUGCUUCUUAGUCCGCUUAAUACUAAUGUUGUUGUCCGCACUGCAUGCUGUUCUGUGGGGAUUCUUUUGCCUGUUUAUUCUACUUUCAAAGCAAUUGAGAUGAGGGAUCAAAACGAGCAACAGAAAUGGCUUCUGUACUGGGCAGCAUAUGGAUCUUUCAGUAUUCUUGAAGCAUUCACGGAUAAAUUUCUCUACUGGUUCCCACUAUACUAUCAUGUGAAGUUCGCAUUUCUUGUUUGGCUUCAACUUCCAUCUGCUGAUGGUGCUAAGCAAUUGUACACAAACCAUCUACGCCCUUUCCUCAUGAGACAUCAAGGAAGACUGGAUAAUAUUUUGGAGUUAUUUCAUGGAGAACUGGCCAAAUUCAUUAGCACCCACCAAACAGAAAUCCAAUUUGCACAGAUGCUUCUUGCCAAAAGUUUAUUAUCAGUUGGGAGUAUUCUUCUACCUGGGCAAGGACGAGUUGUUGGUACAAUUGAAGGUCCAGCAGCGCAAGUAGAGACUUCAGCACAGCAAGUAGAGACUUCAGAGUUGGAAGAUGAAUCAUGAUGCUUUUUUUUUUUUUCAAAACCAGAUGAAGUACCUUCUCUCUGUUGUACAUCAUAUCAACUUAGUUUAGCUUUUUUUCUUUUUUUCAUGUUCUCAGCAUCUUUGAUGCAAAAUAUAUAGAAAGUGAUCCGUGUAUACAUAAUUUCCGGAGGAGUCAAUUUUGUUGUGGUUUUGUGGUUUUCCUUCUUCGUUUUCCUGUAAAUAUUUAUCAACAGAAAGUGCUGAAUUCACCCACAAUGGCACAAUAUUAAGUAUUACUAUGCAUA